GAAUGUGUGUGUGUGAUUCAAAGCCAGACUUUUAGGCAAAGCCAGCUCUCUACAUCUCUCUCUGUCAAAACCACACAUGGACAUACACAGACAAGCACAGCCAUCUGUAGCUGCUCCAGAGUUCUCAGUGAGAAAAAAAAAUACUUCACACUGAAAACUAACACGAAAAUAUAUUUGCUGCGAUGCGUUUCUGAAAAGUCUCAGAAACUCAUUUCUGUUUCUGUUCUUUUGGCAGUUUAUAAUAGAAGACAUGAAGCAGCAGCAAACCAACAAACACAGCAACCUGCACCGUGAAGACCAACACAUCACUGUGGAGGAGCUGUGGAGGGGCUGGAAAUCCUGUGAAGUCCACAACUGGACCACAGAGGACACGGUGCAGUGGCUGAAGGAGUCGGUGGAGCUGCCGCAGUACGAGAAGAACUUCCGGGAGUUCCGGGUCACAGGGAACACUUUACCUCGAAUAGCGGCAAACGAACCGUCGUUUAUGUCGAUGCAGCUAAAGAUAUUAGACCAGCGGCAUAAACAAAAACUAAACCUAAAGGCGCUAGAUGCGGUGCUUUUUGGCCCUCCUCUUCGUCCACAACAUAACUGGAUGAAAGACUUUAUCUUGAUGGUCUCCAUAGUGAUCGGUGUUGGGGGCUGCUGGUUUGCCUAUGUGCAGAACAAAUCCAGCAAGGUGCAUAUUUCUCAGAUGAUGAAGGAUCUGGAGAGCCUCCAACAUGCCGAGCAGAGCCUCUUGGACCUGCAAAGCCGGCUCGAAAAAGCUCAGGAAGAAAAUCGGACGGUGGCCGUAGAGAAGCAGAACCUCGAGCAGAAGAUGAGGGACGAGAUCACCGGGGCCAAAAAGGAGGCUCACAGGCUUCGGGAGCUGCGAGAGGGCGCCGAAUGCGAGCUCAGCCGACUCAAGUACGCCGAAGAGGAGCUAGUUCAGGUGCGAAAGGCUCUGAAGCGAGCAGAGAAAGAGAUGCAGACAGAGCGUUCAGUGCCCGAAGCUCUUCAAAAGUGGCUCCAGCUCACACACGAAGUGGAAGUUCAGUACUACAACAUCAAGAAACAGAGUGCUGAGUUUCAGCUGUGUGUCGCCAAAGAUGAGGCAGAGAAAAUCAAAAAGAAGAGAGGUUCUGUGUUUGGAACUCUUCAUGUUGCCCACAGUUCAUCGCUGGAUGAGGUGGACCACAAGAUACUCGAAGCAAAAAAAGCCCUGUCAGAAGUAACGGCAUGCCUCAGGGAGCGCCUUCACCGCUGGCAGCAGAUUGAGAAGCUUUGCGGCUUCCCCGUUGUCAAUAAUUCUGGUCUGCCGAGCCUGACGGCCAGCCUCUACUCGGAUCACAGCUGGGUGGUCAUGCCGCGGGUGUCGGUCCCUCCCUACCCCAUUGCGGGAGGGGUGGAUGACCUGGACGAGGACACGCCGCCCAUCAUUCCGCAGUUCACGACGGCUACGCUGAUCAGGCCUUCGCUCGCACGCAGCGGCAGCCUGUGUCGCUCACGUCGGAGCCUGCUGAGCUCUCCGCAGUCCUCCCUGAUGUCUCCGGACCCGGACCUGCUGUCCAUGGCCGGCUCAGCCCUCUCCUAUCGCCCCGAGGCGGACGACGAACAUAUCGUCUUCAGCUCGGAUAGGAGGGGGUAUGUAGCGGUGGCCGGAACGCCGCGGAAUGGUUUUACAGUUUGGACUCGCAGGGAACUGGCACAGGAGAGCGGCUCGGACGCAGACUCUCUCAACUCGUCUGCCGGCCGUAAGCAGCCGCACGGUCCCUGCUCGCCGGGCUCAGAGACCCCCUACCGCAAAAUCUCCCGCGAGGAGCUGCUGCUGUUCACCCAGAGUACGGACCUUCCUGCGUCCACCUCCUCCACCCACACUAGCAGCAGUAGCAGCAGCAGUCUCAGGGACUCCACGCCUCCUCCUCUGCCUCCCGCUCCUGUCGCUACCCCCUCUGGACCGCCGUCCACCUCGCCUUCCCCGGCCUUAGAGCACCUCCCGUUUGCACAAAGAGGCUCGCCCGACCUCACCCGCACCGUAGCCGAGUCUCCGUUCUCGCGGGGGAACGCCGUCUCUCAGACGGGCAAGGGCAUGUACAACGGCGUCCUGGAGAAGUCCUACAGCUUCGGCCAGCUGCCGGCGAGCGCGCUGCCCGACGUGGGGCGCUACCCGUCGCUUACCUCCCUGGACUCGGAGGGACGGAGUGUGGGAAGGGAAUACAAGCUCCGGAGCACGUCCUCCCAGGACUCCAGCGACAAUGGAGAGAAAAUUAAGCGGUCCUCUUCUAAAAUCAAAAGCCUAUUUAAGAAGAAAAAAUAAAAGUUGCAGAGAUAUAAUGUGUGUGUGAGAGAGAAAUAAAAUAUAAAGAGUUGUUUUAGCUCAAAUACUAAAAAAAAAAAAGGACAUCGCUGUAAGCUAAAACAUUUCAUUUUCUCUCUUAAUUCUCCUUUUUGUCAUCAAAGAUGGAAUGUAGCUCAGGCUGGGUGCCUUUAAAUGUUCUCCAGACUGGUAGCCUUAUUUUUCAAUGCCUUUUUAUUUAGUUCACUCAUAGCCUCGUAGAAAACCUGCUAAGGUCGAGGAAAAAUCAACAAAAGGUAAAGGCCAUACCUGUUCACUGUCUUCUCUUCAUUUUAUUUUCAGUUUGAACCAAAAAGCCACUAUGUUGAAGGGUCUAAAGGUGCAGUCCACAUUGAUUUUAAGCACACAAUGUUGAGUGUUUCACUGUUUAUGUAUUACAAAGUGAUAUCUGCGGUUCCAACCGAAUGCUUUCACAGUAUACAACAGGAGUGACAACACGAGGGCUGUAGCAAUGAAUUUUAGGAGAUAAAUAUGAAUAAAAUUGUAAAAUAAAAUAUUCAAAUUUUAAGCUCAAACUUCUUUUUGAAUCUGCAGUUUUAAAUUUUCCUAAUAAAUGUUUGGCAAAUCAAAGGAGUCUUGCUCUUCUCAUCCCCAUGUAAAAGGCUAAAUGCGAGUGUCAUGUCUGACGGACAAUAAAGUAUUUGGAUUCAUACUCGGAAAGCAAAGCACAGACAUCAUCGCUCUUUACCAUCUCAGUGUGGUAGAUCUAGGGGUAUGUGCAAGGCCAAAAUUAAAUAUCUCACGGCUAAAGUAGGGAUAGCUGCCCUCUUUUUACGUCCUGUUCACCAGCUGCCCUCCCAGUGGUGAAUACAGGACAAACACACAGAAAAAACAAAUAAAUUAGGGAUUCCAUGUGCCUACUGGUGACGGUGAAAUGCCCUCUUGUGGACAGAACAUAGAACAUCCAGAUAGUGAUGUUAGCAGUGCUUAAGCUGGUGUAUAAUGCUCAAGUAGUAAAAUAAUGCAGUUUACAUUUGAAAAUUAAAAAAAUAUUCAUAUAUAAAAAUAUUAAGGAGUGUAAUUCAAGUCAACAUUUUACAGCUUUGGAGUACACCUUUCUGCAAUAUCAUCCGCAUUGUCAAAUUGCAUCACAUCUCAAUAAAUGCAUUAGUCGUAAGCAAGUAGGAUCCUCUUAAUAAAAUUCAGAAAUGAAUACUUUAAAAAAGAUGAUCAAAAAUACAAGAAACUUAUUGCAACAUUAAGUGAAAACACUUGUGAUUUACAUUUAUGUAUAUGACUAUAAAAAUGACAUGUAAUGGGCAGAUGUCUAUCUGCAGGUCUGCAUUGUGACUCCUCAGUCAACACACAGUUCCAGCAGAAAUUGGGCUACAGUACCACCAAUCACAGCAUCUCCGGUUAGAAAAAAUAGUCCCGAAAAAUGACAAAACAUCUCUCCAUGAAUUGUUGCUAUCUGAUAUCCUCCACCAAGAAGGACUGAGUUUGUCAGGAGUGUUAAAGGUGGACAUAAAAAGUAAUAGUCAAAACAAAGGUUUUGGAUCCCAGUCACAGAAGGUGUUCUGUUGCACUGAAUUCCUACUGUAAGGCCUGUAUUUUUAACAUAAUGAAUUAAAGUAUUAAAGCAAAUAUCCCACUGUUUAACUUCAAAGUAUUGCAAUGACUGUAAGAUGGUACAGAGGAGUUCUCACUAAUGUUGUAUACUGGAAAACUCGCUUUUGGUCGUGAUCACGGCAGAUGCCCAGAAAAAAGGUCAAAAGAUUUUUGUCGUCUUUUUUUUGGACAAUGUCUUUCUCAAGUGUAGAACUACAAUACUUCUCCCGGAUCAAAUGAUGGAUUGCAUCUUGUAAAGUGUUGGAGUCCUGAACUCAUGUACUUGAUUCAUUUCCUUUGGGAAAAAAAAAAAAAAAAUCCUGCUAAAAGUUUGUUGCACUACUGCUUUCCUGGUAUGUUGGGAAAGAGCCGCUGCUUGCGGCGUACAUACUGAAUAAAGAUACAGAGAUGAGAGGAAUGCAUGGACGGCCGCAAUGAAGAUGCGGCACAUAAUGCCAGAGCCAAAAUUAUCUGAUGUGUCUUCACUGCCGCUGUCUAUGGAUGUCUCAAUAUAUAUACAUAUAUAUAUAUAUAUAAAUAUACUUUGUUUUCACAAUACUAUGUUCUUAUAGAUGUUUCUAAAUAGAUUCGUAAACGGCAGGAGUUCCUCUAAACUGAUCUGUAUUGAAGACAGCUCAUUGAAUAUGCAGAUUUAACCCACAUAAGUCACUUUCCCUGUGUUCUACCUUCCCUUUAUUACUUGAUUAACUGCAUCCUGUAGCCAUGCAUAAACUAAAUGUACCAUUUCCAUGUUUUGUCUUAAUAUUCUGCCUCUUUAAAACUUGUUGUCACUACCAGAUUUUGGUCAAAUUGACUUUGCAAUUAAUUAUUUUUGUGGGCGGAGUUCCUUAUUCACGAGUGUUACAAAGUUUGAGACGAUUACAGGAAUGUCAUUUUAGCAGUUUCUGUAAUCGCCAGCUGACGGCACUGUCACUCUGCUGUCUCUGCUCCCAGGAUUUUUUUUAAAAGAAAAACACUAUGGAUUGUCUGUUUUUUUUUUUUUUUAAAAAGGACUAUUUGAUCCAGAUCUGAUUGGUACACCGAGACCCACCCCCUCCCCCUCCCCCUCCCCCACACACUAAGCUCGAAGCCGACCCAUGCAAUACAGUCCCGUUUCUCACCUCUGGGCCCGCGCCGAGCGCACUGAUGUCAAGAGCUCCUGCUUCACACUGUGAUUUCUGGCUUCUUCGCUUCAUCCUGGACCUGGCUGUCGCUGCUGCGCCGAUGGGUCACGUGACGGUGUGUCAGCAGUGGCGUGAUGCAAUGUCAGGGGGUGAUGCCAUCUACAAAGUGUGUCAUGAUGACGUGCGGAUCCGGUGGCCUGUUUUUAAAUUAAAAAAGAAAAUAUAUAUAUCUUUAGAGAGUUGUGGACAAUGCAGCACAUCGUGAAGGAGAUGGAAAAUAGAACUGCAAGACGAGGAGAAAUUGAAUGUUUACCAGACAUUAGGGGUUUUUUGAGAACAUUUUGUGUGUGAACAUUUGUAUACUGUAGAAGAAUUAAUAAAAAAAUGGAGGCAUCUGA